GGGGGGGGGGGGGGCGGAGGGGCGGGGGGGGCGCUAUGCUCCCCGAGUGACUGACUGACUGACUGAGCCGCCAUCCGGGCACCUCCUCGGCGGCGGCGGCCGCCGGGCGGGGGGAAGAGAGGCCGGGAGGAGCGAGGCCGGCAGGGAGGGGGCGCUGGGCUCUUCCCCACCCCGCCCCGAACCCUCCUCCCCUGCGGCCUGCUGCGGCGGCGGCGGCGGCGGCCCGGCCCGGGUAUGGGGGAACGGGGGCCGCCGCCGGUCGGGCACUGAGCGGCGCUGUUGCUCGACGGUGGGUUCCCCUUUGGAAGAAGGGGGAAAGGAGAGCUUCACCCCCCCCGCCACAGACUGCCCCCUUUUCAACGAUUACCGGCUCGGCGGCCUUUCCUCGGACGGCCCAGCCGGCUACCAUGGCGGAGAACUUACUCGACGGGCCGCCCAACCCCAAGCGAGCCAAGCUCAACUCGCCGGGCUUCUCCGCCAGCGAUAGCACAGAUUUUGGAUCUUUGUUUGACUUGGAAAAUGACCUUCCUGAUGAGCUGAUCCCCAAUGGCGAGUUGGGCCUUUUAAACAGCAGUGGGAACCUUGUUCCAGAUGCAGCUUCCAAACACAAACAACUUUCUGAACUUCUAAGGGGAGGCAGCGGCUCUUCCUUAAACCCAGGAAUUGGAAAUGUGAACUCAAAUAGCCCUGUCCAGCAGGGAGUUGGUAGUCAAGUUCAAGGGCAGCCGAACAGUGCUAAUAUCGGUAAUCUGGGUGCUAUGGGUAAGAGCCCUUUAAACCAGGGAGACUCUUCUGCUUCAGGCCUGGCAAAGCAAGCAGCAAGCACCUCUGGACCUACCACACCUGCAUCACAAACUCUGAACUCUCAAGCACAAAAACAAGUGGGGAUGGUGACGAGCAGCCCUGCAACAUCACAGACUGGACCUGGGAUAUGUAUGAAUACUAAUUUCAGUCAGACACACCAGAGCCUUCUCAACAGUAAUUCUGGUCACAGUUUAAUGAAUCAGCCUCAGCAAGGACAAGGGCAGGUAAUGAAUGGAUCUCUUGGGGCAGCUGGAAGAGGAAGGGGAGCAGGAAUGCAAUACUCUGCCCCUGCCAUGCAGGGGAAUGCAGGCAGUGUGCUGGCAGAGACUUUAACCCAAGUAUCUCCACAGAUGGCUGGUCACACCGGACUGAAUACAGCACAGACAGGAGCAAUGACUAAAAUGGGAAUGACAGGUAACACUAGUCCCUUUGGGCAGCCUUUCAGUCAAACUGGAGGGCAGCAGAUGGGAGCUACAGGAGUGAAUCCUCAGUUACCAAACAAGCCAGGCAUGGCGAAUAGUUUGUCUCCCUUUCCUGCUGACAUCAAGAGUACUCCCGUCACCAGUGUGCCAAAUAUGUCCCAGAUGCAAACCCAAGUACAACAAGUGGGAAUAGUACCGACGCAGGCAAUGGCAACUGGACCAACAGCAGAUCCAGAGAAGCGCAAACUGAUCCAGCAGCAGUUGGUUUUGCUGCUUCACGCUCACAAAUGUCAGAGACGUGAGCAAGCAAACGGAGAGGUGCGGGCCUGUGCUCUCCCGCACUGUCGAACCAUGAAAAACGUCCUCAACCACAUGACACACUGUCAAGCUGGGAAGGCCUGUCAAGUUGCUCAUUGUGCAUCUUCAAGACAAAUCAUCUCCCACUGGAAGAAUUGUACUCGGCACGACUGUCCUGUGUGCCUUCCUUUGAAAAAUGCCAGUGACAAAAGAAAUCAGCAACCCCUUUUAGGGUCUCCAGCUGGUGGAAUCCAAAAUUCCAUUGGUUCUGUUGGCACAGGCCAGCAGAAUACUCCAUCGCUAAGUAAUCCUAAUCCAAUUGACCCCAGCUCCAUGCAACGAGCCUACGCUGCUCUUGGACUGCCAUAUGGCAACCAGCCUCAAACACAGCUGCAGCCCCAGGUACAAGGCCAACAGCCGGCACAGCCUCAGGCUCACCAGCAAAUGAGGACCAUUAAUGCAUUGGGAGCCAACCAGAUGAACCUUCCCGCAGGAGGAAUAACAACAGACCAGCAAGCUAGUCUAAUUUCUGAAACUGCUCUUCCAACAUCCCUUGGGACAAAUAACCCACUAAUGAAUGAUGGCACAAAUUCUGGCAAUGUUGGAAACCUCAGCUCAAUGCCAACAGCUGCGCCUCCUUCUAGUACCGGGGUAAGGAAAGCAUGGCAUGAACAUGUCACUCAGGACCUGCGCAAUCAUUUAGUGCAUAAACUUGUCCAAGCCAUCUUCCCCACUCCUGAUCCGGCAGCACUGAAGGAUCGCCGCAUGGAGAACUUGGUGGCUUAUGCCAGGAAAGUGGAAGGAGAUAUGUAUGAGUCUGCUAAUAGUAGGGAUGAAUACUAUCAUUUAUUAGCAGAGAAAAUAUAUAAGAUACAAAAGGAACUAGAAGAGAAGCGGAGGUCUCGUCUACAUAAACAAGGGAUGUUGGGAAAUCAGCCAGCCUUACAGACCCCAGGACCUCAGCCCCCUGGUAUCCCACAGGUGGCUGCUGCCAUGGGCCAGGCACAGCCCGUGAGGCCACCCAAUGGGCCUAUGUCCAUGCCAACCGUGCCUAUAAGUCGUAUGCAGGUUUCUCAAGGAAUGAAUCAGUUUAACCCCAUGUCCAUAGGGAAUGUACAGAUGCCUCAAGCACCCAUGGGACCGCGUGCAGCUUCUCCAAUGAACCAUCCUGUACAAAUGAACAACAUGGGCGCUGUUCCUGCGAUGGCAAUGUCUCCUUCCCGAAUGCCUCAGCCACAGAACAUGAUGGGAGCUCAUUCCAACAACAUGAUGGGUCAGGCUCCUACCCAGAACCAAUUCCUGCCACAGAAUCAGUUUCCAGCAUCCAGUGGGGCUAUGAAUGUGAACAACGUGGGCAUGGGUCAAUCAACAGCCCAGGCCGGGGUGGCACAGCAGGGGCAGGUUCCCAGUGCUGCUCUUCCCAACUCCAUGAACAUGCUAGGACCGCAGAGUGCGCAGUUACCAUGUCCACCAGUGACCCAGCCACCUCUACAUCAGACUACACCUCCUGUGUCCACUGCUGCUGGGAUGCCACCUAUUCAGCACCAAACGCCAACUGGAAUGACUCCUCCGCAGCCAGCAGCACCCACUCAGCCAUCGACACCAGUCUCGUCUUCAGGACAAACGCCAACACCAACACCGGGUUCUGUUCCAAACGCGACACAGACACAAAGCACACCUACAGGGCAGACUGCAGCACAGGCUCAAGUCACACCGCAACCUCAGACCCCAGUUCAACCCCCGUCUGUGCCCACCCCACAGCCAUCUCAGCAACAGCCAACAUCUGUGCAGGCACAGCCACCUGGCACUCCACUAUCCCAGGCAGCAGCUAGUAUUGAUAACAGGGUCCCCACCCCUGCCUCAGUUGCUAGUGCUGAUACGAAUUCCCAGCAACUAGGACCAGAUGCACCAAUGCUAGAAAGCAAAUCAGAAGUUAAAACUGAAGAAACUGAGCCAGAGACUAGUGAGACACAAGUGGAAGCUAAGACUGAGGUGGAGGAGGAUUUACAAGGAUCUUCACAAACAAAAGAAGAAACAGAUGGAACAGAACUGAAACAAGAGCCAAUGGAAAUAGAAGAAAAGAAACCUGAAAUAAAAGUAGAUGCUAAAGAGGAAGAGGAGAGCAGCACUAAUGGAACCACUUCACAAUCCACAUCACCUUCUCAGCCACGCAAAAAAAUUUUCAAACCUGAGGAGCUGCGGCAGGCUCUCAUGCCUACCCUUGAAGCUUUGUACCGGCAGGACCCAGAGUCUCUACCUUUUAGACAGCCUGUGGAUCCCCAGCUUUUAGGGAUUCCGGACUACUUUGACAUUGUGAAGAAUCCUAUGGAUCUUUCAACCAUUAAACGUAAAUUGGAUACUGGCCAGUACCAAGAACCCUGGCAGUACGUGGAUGAUGUUUGGCUAAUGUUUAACAAUGCCUGGCUUUACAAUCGCAAGACUUCCAGGGUCUAUAAGUUUUGCACUAAACUUGCGGAGGUGUUUGAACAAGAAAUUGAUCCUGUUAUGCAAUCACUUGGCUACUGUUGUGGGCGCAAGUAUGAGUUUUCUCCACAGACCUUGUGCUGCUAUGGCAAGCAGUUGUGUACUAUUCCUCGUGAUGCUGCCUACUACAGUUACCAGAAUAGUUCACCCAAAUAUGGCCUUCUUGCUGACAGGUAUCACUUCUGUGAGAAGUGUUUCACUGAAAUCCAGGGGGAGAAUGUCACCCUGGGUGAUGACCCUUCCCAGCCUCAAACAACCAUCUCUAAGGAUCAGUUUGAAAAGAAGAAAAACGAUACACUAGAUCCAGAGCCGUUUGUUGACUGCAAAGAGUGUGGUCGGAAGAUGCACCAGAUUUGUGUAUUACAUUAUGAUAUUAUUUGGCCUUCAGGGUUUGUCUGUGAUAAUUGUCUGAAGAAAACUGGUAGAACACGCAAAGAAAACAAAUUCAGUGCUAAAAGGCUACAGACUACACGUUUAGGAAACCAUUUGGAAGAUAGAGUAAACAAAUUUUUGCGGCGACAGAAUCAUCCUGAAGCUGGAGAGGUCUUUGUCAGAGUAGUAGCAAGUUCAGAUAAGACAGUAGAAGUUAAACCAGGAAUGAAAUCCAGAUUUGUGGAUUCUGGUGAGAUGUCAGAAUCUUUCCCUUACCGUACCAAAGCUCUGUUUGCUUUUGAGGAGAUAGACGGCGUAGAUGUGUGCUUCUUUGGCAUGCAUGUACAGGAGUAUGGCUCGGAUUGCCCCCCUCCAAAUACAAGGCGUGUGUACAUAUCGUAUCUAGAUAGUAUUCAUUUCUUUCGCCCCCGUUGUCUCCGAACUGCAGUUUAUCAUGAAAUCCUUAUUGGAUAUUUGGAGUAUGUGAAGAAACUUGGGUAUGUGACAGGACACAUCUGGGCCUGUCCCCCAAGUGAAGGAGAUGACUAUAUUUUUCAUUGCCAUCCGCCUGAUCAGAAAAUACCCAAACCCAAACGUUUGCAAGAAUGGUAUAAGAAGAUGCUGGACAAGGCAUUUGCUGAGAGAAUCAUUCAUGACUACAAGGAUAUCUUCAAACAAGCAACUGAGGACAGGCUGACAAGUGCCAAGGAGCUGCCUUACUUUGAAGGUGAUUUCUGGCCCAAUGUGCUAGAAGAAAGCAUUAAGGAGUUGGAGCAGGAGGAGGAGGAAAGAAAAAAGGAAGAAAGUACUGCAGCUAGUGAAACAACAGAGGGAAGCCAGGGCGACAGCAAAAAUGCUAAGAAAAAGAACAACAAAAAAACCAACAAGAAUAAGAGUAGCAUCAGCAGAGCUAACAAGAAGAAACCCAGCAUGCCAAAUGUGUCCAAUGAUCUGUCUCAGAAGCUGUAUGCCACUAUGGAGAAGCAUAAAGAGGUCUUUUUUGUGAUUCAUUUACAUGCUGGGCCUGUAAUUAACACUCUGCCUCCCAUUGUGGACCCUGAUCCAUUACUUAGCUGUGAUUUGAUGGAUGGGCGAGAUGCCUUCCUCACCUUAGCCAGAGAUAAGCACUGGGAGUUCUCCUCACUACGCCGAUCCAAGUGGUCCACGCUCUGCAUGCUGGUAGAACUACAUACUCAAGGGCAGGAUCGCUUUGUCUAUACGUGCAAUGAGUGCAAACAUCAUGUGGAAACGAGGUGGCAUUGCACUGUCUGUGAGGACUAUGACCUCUGCAUUAACUGCUACAACACUAAGAGCCAUGACCACAAGAUGGUUAAGUGGGGCCUGGGUCUGGAUGAUGAGAGCAACAGCCAAGGAGAGCAACAGUCAAAGAGCCCCCAGGAGUCGCGACGACUGAGCAUCCAGCGCUGCAUUCAGUCCCUUGUCCAUGCCUGUCAGUGCCGCAAUGCAAACUGCUCAUUGCCAUCCUGCCAGAAGAUGAAACGGGUUGUCCAGCACACCAAGGGUUGCAAGCGCAAGACCAACGGUGGCUGUCCGGUGUGCAAACAGCUCAUAGCUCUUUGCUGCUACCAUGCCAAACACUGCCAAGAGAACAAAUGCCCUGUGCCAUUCUGUCUCAAUAUCAAACACAAACUUCGACAGCAGCAGAUCCAGCAUCGCCUGCAGCAGGCUCAGCUCAUGCGCAGAAGGAUGGCUACCAUGAACACCCGAAACGUGCCUCAGCAAAGUUUGCCUUCUCCUACCUCAGCAACGCCUGGUACCCCUACACAGCAGCCAAGUACGCCACAAACACCGCAGCCUCCUCCCCAGCCCCAGCCUUCCCCUGUAAGUAUGUCACCGGCUGGCUUUCCCAGUGUGUCGAGAACUCAGCCCCCUACUACUGUUUCAACAGGAAAACCCACAAACCCGGUUUCCGCACCUCCACCUCCGGCUCAGCCUCCACCAGCCGCAGUGGAAGCGGCUCGGCAGAUCGAGAGAGAAGCUGCCCAGCAGCAGCAGCAGCUCUACAGGGUCAACAACAUUAACAAUGGUUUGCCUCCUGGUCGCCCAGGACUAGUAAACCCGACAGUGGGUUCAGUGAACCAGAUGCAGCAAGUCAGCAUGAAUGUACCCCGGCCCAACCCUGUAAGUGGUCCAGUGAUGUCCAACAUGCAACCUGGACAAUGGCAGUCACCUCCAAUGCCGCAGCAGCAACCAAUGCAGCCAGGAAUGGCGAGACCGGUUAUGCCAAUGGCGACGCCACAAGCAGUGGCUGGGCCAAGGAUGCCAGGUGUGCAGCAGCCGCCACGGAGCAUCCCCCCAAAUGCACUUCAGGACUUACUGAGGACCUUGAAAUCACCAAGCUCUCCGCAACAGCAACAGCAGGUUCUUAAUAUCCUUAAAUCCAACCCUCAGCUUAUGGCAGCUUUUAUAAAGCAAAGAACAGCCAAAUACGUGGCUAACCAGCCUGGGAUGCAGCCGCAAGCAGGCAUACAGCCCCAGCCUGGGAUGCAGCAGCCGCAGACUGGCAUGCAACAGCCAGGCAUGCAUGCUCAAGCAGGAUUGCAGAACAUGAACGCGAUGCAAGCAGGAGUGCAGAGACCGAGCGUUCCUCCCCAGCAGCAAGGGAUAGGAGCUAUGAAUCCCCAGGGACAAGCGAUAAACAUUAUGAACCCCGGCCACAACCCUAGCAUGGCAAACAUGAGUCCGCAGUACAGAGAAAUACUGAGGCGGCAAUUACUGCAGCAGCAGCAGCAACAGCAGCAGCAGCAAGGAGGGGCUGGCAUGGCAGGAGGGAUGGCAGGACAUAACCAGUUCCAGCAGCCUCAAGGACCAGGAGGUUACCCUCAAGCCAUGCAGCAGCAGCGGAUGCAACAGCAUAUAUCGAUACAGGGGGGGUCCAUGGGACAGAUGGCUCAGAUGGGACAGCUGAACCAGAUGGGCCAGCCCGGCAUGGGGGCAGACGGCACUCCCAACAUCCAGCAAGCACUGCAGCAGCGGAUCCUGCAACAGCAGCAGAUGAAGCAGCAGAUAGGGUCCCCCGGCCAGCCUAACCCCAUGAGCCCACAGCAGCACAUGCUCUCAGGACAACCGCAGGCAUCUCAUCUCCCUGGCCAGCAGAUCGCCACCUCCCUCAGCAACCAGGUGCGGUCCCCAGCACCCGUUCAGUCUCCCCGUCCCCAGUCCCAGCCACCACAUUCCAGCCCGUCACCCAGGAUACAGCCCCAACCAUCACCUCACCACGUCUCUCCCCAGACUGGUUCCCCCCACCCAGGACUCGCAGUUACUAUGGCUAGCUCCAUGGAUCAGGGACACUUGGGCAACCCAGAACAGAGUGCAAUGCUUCCACAACUAAACACCCCGAACAGGAGUGCGUUGUCUAACGAAUUGUCUCUGGUUGGUGACACCACCGGGGACACAUUAGAAAAAUUUGUGGAGGGUUUGUAGCAUUAUGGGAGCAUCACUUUUUUUUUUUUUCCUUUCGUGUUCUUGGACAUUUUGUACUGAAAAUUCAGACAUCUGGGUUGUUUUGAAUCCUAGAUGGAACUGCUGCUUCCUACAUGUGGAAGAAUGAAUUGCUGUUUAAAAAAAAAAAAAAAAAAAAAAACAAUACAAAGAAUAUAUUUUUUUGUUAAAGCCAGGCGGUUAAAAUAUCUGGUCUCUUUUGUGGGUUUUUUUGGUUUUUAUUUUUUUGUUGCUGUUGACUCAUACCUUUUUUUUAAUGGGGAAAACAAGUUCAUUAUAUUCAUAUUUUUUAUUUGUAUUUUCAAGACUUUAAACAUUUGCGUUUAAAAGAAGAAAAAAUAAUAUUCAGAAACUGUUUCCUGAAAUAAUGCAACAUUGUAAUGUAUCCCGGUAACUUUGACACGUUGCGGGAAGAUUUUUUUUUCUAUAGUGAACUCUGCAGGCAUUUGAAGUAUUACCCCUGGAAAGAUAGGAAUUGACUCUUGCACACAAAAACACACAUUGGCCAAUGCCAAAAUCCUUGUCUUGCAGAUGUAGAAAUUGUUGCUUUGUUUCUCUGAUAAAACUGGUUUUAGAUGAAAAUAGGGAUGAUCACUCUUAGACCGUGCUGAUUUGAAUAGAGAAGAAGCAUUCUUUUCUUUCUUUCUUCUGUGUGAAACUUGAAAUGAGGAAAAGCAAUUCUAGUGUAAAUCAUGCAAGCGCUAUAAUUACUAUAAAUAAGAAAAUCCAAGAAGAUUCAAUCACUGUAUAGAAUGGUAAAAAAAACAAACUCAUUUCUUACUUAUAAUAUCAUAUUGUUAAAUAAACUGUGUGCAACAGACAAAAAGGGUGGUCCUUCUUGAAUUCAUGUACAUGGUAUUAACACUUAGUGUUUGGGUUUUUUGUUAUGAAAAUGCUGUUUUCAACAUUGUAUUUGGACUAUGCAUGUCUUUUUUCCAUUGUAUAUAAAGUAUUGCUUAAAAUUGAUAUAAAUUACUGAAGUUUUUAACAUGUAUUCUGUUCUUUAAAAUCCAUGUAAGAAUGUUUAAGGUUUUUAUUUAUUUAUAUAUUUUUUGAUCAUGUUCUUUGUAAGACAUAGCUAUGACUAUUCACUCAUUACACAGAGCAGCCAGAGGCAUCGAUAGGAGUGGCACGAUACAUGGAGUAUUGUAGGUAGCAUGUCUGUUUUACAACACCCUUUAGUGAUUUGUUUCCUUUUUGGGGAGGGAGAGGAGAGGGGAAUGUUUCCCAUACAUGGAAUAUUUGCAGGUGUUCAUCCAUAAGGGUUAACUGGAAUAAAUUAUUAAUAGCCGUUGCUUUUUAAAAACUGCAUUAAUUUAGAGAAGGAUCACCAAUGAAAGGAAAAUAGAGAGUAUUGAGUUAAUUCUAGGCUAAUUUAUUUAGUCUACAGUAAAAUAUGAACCUAUUGACUUUAACACUAUUUUUCUGCUGUUAACUCUGAGUCUAGAUUUGAGGGUUUUCUGUGGAAUAAAAAAUAACAAAUCAUGUACAUGUUCCCUUUAAUAUCCUGUCACCAUGCCCUCAUGUUCUGGGAUACUUGCCCCUCCUCCCCGCAAGGAAUUGCUUUCUUGGAGUUAAAAAGUCCAGGGAAACUUUCCCAGUGUAGGUGUGAGCUUAAAACCACAACUAGCCUAAAAUGCCAUCACUCAGACCUUGAGGCUUCUCGAUUACGUGCGACUGGCAUGGGAUUUGCAGCAAACCCAGCAAGGUAUCCUGCCUGGCAGCCGCUGCCACUCCAGCGGGGAGCACUGGGCACACUUGGCUUUUCACGUUAAGUUAGUGCUUCCUCCAGCCUUACAUUUUUAUAGGAAAACAGCGUUGGGGGAGGAUGGGGGGAGAAGAGCAAACAAUUUAUCUCGACUUCUAUCCCUGUACUGUGAAAAUAGUAGUGCGCUGCCGUGCUACUUCAUUCUUUUUAACUGUAGAGGGUUUCUGCUUAAACUUUUCUUGCAAACUUUUAACUAUUGUACCUUUUUCACCACCAUUGGAUUCAUCUGCCCAUGCAAUUGUCUUCAGCAAUUCAAGAUGUCAAAAUUUGGGGCUGGGCUGAGGUCAGUGAACACUAACCCAAAGCUUGUCCAGAAGAAAUUGCUGUAAAAAAAAAAAAAGAUGGAAAGCCCUGAUGCUGUGUCUCAUGCUGUGUACUUAAAAAGAGGAAAAAUACUAUAUUUGUGAUCAAAAAAGAGGAAACUUGAAAUGUGCUGGUGUUUCUAAUAAAAGCUGGUAAAACUG